GCACCGAGGCGCGGAGGGGGAAAAGCGGCUAUUUUCUUUUUUUGUCCGGCUCAGCCAUGUCGUCGCGUCAGAGGAGCCCGCUCGGUGGCCGCGCUCACAGUAGACCACCAGCUCGUUGGACUCAAGGAAGGAAGCGUGGAGCAGAUGGCAAACAGAGAAGCACACAUGAUCCUAGCAUGUCCAAUUCUGAUGAUAAAAAUACAUGCAGUUUGUCGGACAGUAGGCCAGAUAGUUUCACAACACCAGAAAGCCAUAAACCUCGUUCACGAUGUUCAGACUGGGGAAGUGCAGUUGAAGAAGAUGAAAUGCGGACUAAUGUUAAUAAAGAAAUGGCAAGAUACAAAAGAAAACUCUUGAUAAAUGAAUAUGGAAGAGAGAGAAAGCUGUCUUCUGGAAGUUCUGACUCCAAGGAGUCCACAGCAGCAGUGGAACUUGAGACGGAUGAGGCUGUUCUGAUGAGGAGACAGAAACAAAUAAAUUAUGGGAAGAACACACUGGCAUAUGACAGAUAUAUUCGAGAAGUUCCAAAGUGUCUACGAGUUCCAGGGGUCCAUCCAAGGACUCCCAAUAAAUUUAAGAAGUAUAGCCGAAGAUCCUGGGACCAACAAAUCAGACUGUGGAAAGUUGCACUUCAUUUUUGGGACCCUCCUGGUGAAAGAAGUUGUGACAUGCAAGUAAUUAGUCCUGUUGAUCUUGGUGACAUGGAAACAGAAUCUAUAGGAAGUAAUUCUGCUGGGUCACAAGGAAGCUCUCAGGAUAAUGAUGAAAACUGUAUGGGCACACCCACCAAAGUGAGAAGCAUUGACCAUCUGGUGGAAGAUGAAUUUGAGCUGGAGGCAUGUUAGGUUUUGACAUACUUCAUGACUGUAAAGCAUGCAUUCUACUGGCUGCUUUUUGAGAAAGGAAUGUCUUACUCAAGAAGACACAUACACCUGAAACUGUCUUAUCUAACAGUCUGGAGAACUGGAGUAUGGCAGCUGUGAAAUUGCAACCAAUGUUUUCACCUGACUACUUUUUUAUACAAAGCAUAAAACUUGAGUUAUAUGUAAUUGAGUGAUUGCCUAAUUUUAUGUAUACUCAGGAGGUAGCUUUAUAAACAGUUUAAUUAUAGUUCAGAUGAUAAACCAGCCCAGACAAUGUUGACACACUUGAAGAGCUUGAAAACUUGACACAUUAGAAGGAGAACUUCAGCAUUGGUGCUGAGCUAUUGGCUCUUGUCCACAGACGAAGAAUAUGAUAGGCAGUAAGUUGUAGUUCUCCACACUGCCCUAUAAUUCAUAUUGCAAAGGACCACUUAUUGAUAGCACAAGGCAGUGGCAUUUUAUGCUUCUUGAACCUUUGUGUUCUUCAGAUAUUGACAACAUGUGUGCAAUGACAAGGUAAUGUGUGUGAACAGGCUCUUUUCUUUAUGAUAAAAGGCUUUGAUCCUGUUUCCAGGUCCACCUUAAGGUGUUGGCUCUCAAGUUUAUUCUGAAUUGAUGCUUGUAAAUAGUUGUGUGCAGAACUUCACUAACUUUUAAAGAAGAAUUAAUGAACAGAACUUUGGAGACUGUUGACUUAUUUUUUUCAUGAUGUAAAGCUAUAGACUUUUUACUAAAAACAGUUGCUGUUUUGUAUGGGAUAAGGCAUAAAUAAAGCAAGUACAUCUUUAUGUG